GGCUUCGGGGGGCUCAGAGGCGGCGAGGCAGCGGGUCCGGAGCUGGAGGAAGAGCUGCGGGUCUGGCGGAUCAGCCGAGCCGCUGCCAGAUUCAGCAUGGAGGAGAAUGACUGGAUUUUUCUGUUUUUCCCAUGUAACUAUUUUGGUUUGGGAAGGAGGUAUGCUGUUCUUGAAGAAUGACUUCAGAUAGUGUUCUUGUUCUUUGCUGUUACGGAGAGUGUGCUGUUUCAACUAUAUGAAGUUUAGCUCACAGCUUAAAAGCACAGAUGGAAGAGUUGCAGAACUUAGUUAUGUAAGGAGUGGCAAUUUUGCUGAUGCUGAUAAAGAAUUUGUGUGGUCUCUUUGGAAAAAUCUCCAGGUGUCAAAAUCAGAUCUUACUCAAACUGUCAGCUUGGUUGUGGAAAGAGAAAACCAGAAAGCUGAAGUCAAGGACAGAAGCAUUUUAGAGAUUUUGCAUGCCAAAGAUAGAAAAAUGGAACAUGUUUCUCUAGAACAUAGGCUCACAGGACAGCAGCAGGAGAUAAACAGCUUAAUGCAGAGAAAAAGUGCUGUGGAUGAGGAAAAUGCCCGUUUGAAGAAUGAAUUUUGUAAUUUGAACCGGAAAUUUAAAGAUAAAAGCCAAGAACUUAAGGACACCAAGGAGUGUGCACAGAAGAAGGAAGAGCAAAACAGACUGGUUAUAAAAAACCUGGAGGAGGAAAAGAAGGGAUUAAAUAUAUGCUGUGCUGACCUGCUAAGUGACCUGGAGAAACUGAGGAAGCAGGAGGCACAAUGGAAGAAAACAAAAUCUGGCAAUAAUAUCAGAAUAAAGAAUUUGGAAACUGAUUUAGCAGAGACAAGAGGAAAAAUAAAGUUGCACAGUAUAUGCAGUAACUUGUCAUCUCAGGUAGAUGUGAAACAGGAAGAAUUUUUCCAAAAGGAUUGUGAUGUGGUCAGAGCUAAGAAGGAGUUAGAGGAGAUACAGAAUCUUUGCAGACAAAACAUUGAGGAUAGAACACAGCAGGCUGAGCUGAUAAAGCAGCUAGAGGCUCUCAAUGCUGAUACACAAAAAGUACUGCAAGACCAAGAAUAUGCUCACACAGCUAAAACAACAUAUCAAAAAGUAUUUCAACAGCCUUCUUUAAGGGAGCUUAUUCCAGUGCAAGAAUCUGAAAUGGAGCUUUUGCACAAAAAAUUGAAGAAAGUGGAUCUUAACCUAGCAGAGCGUGAUUUGUACACUACAGAUACUCUGGAAAGCAACAAUAUAAGGACUUCUGAAAUUAUGAUGAUUUUCAUUGUGUUCAGACUCUUCCUCAUCUAUUUGGAUAGUCCUCAGACUAACUGUGAUCAUGUAGACUAUGGGAAGCUGUUAACAAGGUUGCAAAGAGAAACCUUUAGUGGUAGCGCUGUGGUAAUUCUGCUUGUUAUUUCUCUAGUAUUCCAUGCAGAUUUUUUUUUUUAUAAUUCAUUAUUAGUAUUCAAAAUUACUUCUUCUUUAAUUCUGCAUGUCUUUCAUAAUCCGGUGUUCCAACUAGUUCAACCAUGUCCUUCUUUUAUUCUCCAGGAACCACCUGUGAAACGUUCAAGGUCUCUGUCCCCAAAGAGCUCUUUUAGAGAGUCAGAGGAACUAAGAGAAUCUUAAGAGCUAAGAGCAGCCUAUGGAAAACACGAAGAAAAGCUGCAGAUGUUACAGACCAACUACAGAGCACUAAAAGAGCAAUUAUAGCAGUGGGAAGAGGGCAAUAGCAGCCUUGAAAUCAGUAAAUGCAGAUACCAGCAUACAGGCUUCUGUCAGCUUUGUCAAGAAGAUCCUGAUGUGAUGUGGAAUGAGCUGGCUUUUUUCAAAAGGGGGCACAAAAAGCUGCUGAUUGAGAAACUGAAUCUUGAGGAAGACUUGCAUCAGAUGAAAAUAUACCAAUCUGUGAAGCCACUUUUUAAGCUUAGUGAAGAUGAUGUGGUCAACGGUAGUACUCCAAAGAGGAAUAUGAAAGAAGUUUCACAUGAGAUGUUACAGAAGGUACAACAGUUAGAGAGAAGAUUCAAAGCUAUUGAAGGGGAAUUAAAGAAACAGAAAGAAGUAAAUAAGGACUUACUGAAUGAGAAAAUGUAUUUGAAAGAAUUUUUAAAAGUGCAAAAGGAAGAUACAGACACAAGGAAAAGAGAGCUGGAAACACUAAAGAGGAUUUGUGAGGUCAAAAAAGAAAAAGCAGAACUUCAUUUCAUGAUUGAUGAGAAGGAGAAAGAAGCUGCCUCUUAAGUAACAGAUGCUAACAGGUUGAGAAAUGAAAGUGAAGAUUUGCUGAGUCAAGUGCAGGAGCAGAAGUGUUUGCUGGAUAAAGCCAAAGCAGUGGUAAUUUCUGGGCAAUGUAAUUGCAAGAUAACAGGCACCAAGGUUAAAUUAAAAACAGCCAAGAAAAAGAGCUCUUUGGGACAUCAUGGAGCUUUUCUCAAACAGUCCAUCAAGGUUAUGAGUAAUGUGUUUGAGAACUUCAGUAAGGACGGCUGGGAGGAUGUGAGUGAAAGCAGUGACUCUGAAAUACCAACUUCUGAACAUUUGGAAACAGUGAUUAUGAAGACAGUGCAAAACAUUUAUCCACUGCCAGACAGAAGUACACAAGAAGAAAAAAAGCCCUGCAAUUUGCUUCAUUUAGAAGUCCAAAAUGAGCAAUAUCAUAAAAAGGUAUAUAUUGUUUUGUUCUCCGGAGAAACACCACUGUCCAGAAAGCAGGCUACACUGCUGCAAGAAAAAAUUAAGCCAUCGCAGAACCAGGUAGCUGUUGUACAGAGGGAAAAAAAGACAGCAGUGGCUUCCAUUAAAAAUGUUAAACAAACCAAUGGAAAAUUAACAAGUCAGCUACAUUUGGCUGAUCAGAGACUUCAAGUUAAAAAACUGACCAUAGAGGUAAAAUACUUUUCAUUAUAUUGUAUAUUUUUAUGUAAUAAAGGUAUGCUUAGUUCUGAUUUUAUUGAAAUUUUGAAGUUUUCUCUCUUGAUAGUCAGUGCUUUUGGCCUUUCAUUAUUUCAGGUGAAGUCUCUGGCUGAAGACAAAAAAGCUUCCACUGACUCAAUGAAACAAAGAUUUAAUGUAGCUAUGAAAGAGAAGUCUCAGUAUGAGCAGAUAUAUCACAAAGACAAAGAUUAUUUGGAGAAAAAGGUUCUCAAGGAUGCUAAACUAGAGAGAAAAAUGGUUGAGACUGAAUGUGCUAUGGCUGAGCUUGAAACUGCUGCAUCUCAACUACAUAGCUUGGCUAAACAGAGUACACAGGCUUUGGAAACACAGAAGGUGCUGCUGCUUACCAGUGACAAAAUAGAAGAGUUCAAGACAUUUGUGAAGACUCUAACUGGAGAGUUACAUCAUAGUGUACAAGAGCUGAGAACAAAAAUCAAACUGGCAAAAAAAAUGGAGAUGAAAGCAUGCAAAAAGGGCCUUUCCCAAAAGAGUCGUCAGUUAGCAACGUCUAUCCUUAAUGUUUAAACAACUGAUCUUUACGAAAUACUACAAGAAGGAGAUGAUCAGGAAACAGCAGAAACGAAAGUGGAAUUUGAAAAAGAUAAAGAAUGGCUACAGCAUAUACAGAAACUUCUUGAAGCACAGUUUCCUUUUACCUCAUACUUAAUGGAUGCUGUAGUGGAAAAAUUAAAUGUAAAGAAGAAAUUUGUAGAAGAGUACAGUUCCCUCAUGAUGUACACUGUAUGAUAUUGCCACUAUUCAUAUUUGCAAAGUGUGACUAAAAUGUGUGCUGUUUCCUCAUGUUUUUCCCCCUCUCAUAAAGAGCUGUCAAUAUGCAUGUUCAAUACAUACACAGAAACCAUGAACUAAUUAAUUGUUGAACAAGAGGAAUUAAUUAAAUUCCUAUUAGAAAGCAGUGUGGUAUUUGAUUCCUGAAGAGAAAAAUUGCUGCAAAUCAAUGCAAAGCUCAAAAUUAUUUUCCUUUAAAUGCAUUGGCAGUGAACACAUGUGCAGGCUUUGUAGAGAGAGGAUGUCUUUGUUAUGACUAACACAUAUUUAUACAAUUUUAAAAGAAUAAGAAACAGCCAAAUAACAUCUGAUUGUACUAAUCAGAAUAGUAGAAGUAGGAUUUAUAAAGGAACUGGGAAUAUCACUGUGAUUUUUGAAUAGCUAAUUUCUUUUAGCUUCUUUGUAAAACACAUCUUUAUAUAUAUGCUACAUAAAAAUAUAUGCUUUUAUGUUAGAAAAAAUAAAUUAUUGUAGAAUAAAAAUAUUCUGUGUGGAGUAAUACAGGAAAAGCUGUGCUCUCCUCUGAGCAUACUGGAGCAUAACGUGUGCAAUGUAUUUAAAAAUUCAAUAAAAUAAAGUUUUUUCUAUUA